GGUCGAUCAGCCAGGGGUGGGGGGAAGGGCGCCAGGUCCUAUCCAAGGCUCGGGGAGAGCAGAGGGGCCAGUAAGUUAGUCGGUGACUAGCCAGUGCAAGAGCUUUGCCCCCCAUCACCCCCCCGCCCCCAGCUAAGAGCUGCUCGGUGCAUUUCUCUCGCCCACCCCCCGCCCCGCUUCGAGAUGCCCAAUUUCUCCGGGAACUGGAAGAUGAAGCACUCGGAGAACUUCGAGGAGCUGCUGAAAGUUUUGGGCGUCAACGUGAUGCUGAGGAAGAUCGCGGUGGCCGCGGCUUCCAAGCCGGCCGUGGAGAUCAAGCAAGACGGUGAGACCUUCUAUAUCAAGACCUCCACCACGGUGCGCACCACGGAGAUCAACUUCAAGAUUGGGGAAGAGUUCGAGGAGCAGACCGUGGACGGGCGUCCCUGCAAGAGCCUGGCCAAAUGGGAAAGUGAGAACAAAAUGGUCUGUGAACAAAGGUUGCUGAAGGGGGAAGGGCCCAAGACCGGCUGGUCCAGGGAAAUGACCAACGAUGGAGAACUCAUUCUGACCAUGACAGCCGAUGACGUGGUCUGCACACGGAUCUACAUCAGGGAGUGAUACGCUCCGCUGGGCAGCGGCGGGUACUCCUGGCACCGCCCCAUUCCCGCUUGCCAAUUGCAGCCUCUCCGCUGACCUUCAGUAACCAUUCCGCCGGACUCCAGAGUAUCCCGUUUACAUGAUGCAGGCCAGCGACACUGCUCCACUUCAUAUUCCACUAUCAGCCCAUCCCCUUCCCCCACCCCCCGCUCCUCCCACAGCCUCUCUUUGUCCAUGCAGCCCACAGAGCAAUGUGAACUCCUCCCAGCCCCUCGUCCAAGUGGGUGACACAGAGGGUCACCAUGUAUCCACCCCCACCUCGGCUAGAGAUGACGCUAACGAAGCUGUCUCUCCCAGCCACAGGGUGUUUGCCUGAUUUGUGCCAAGAUGGGUAAGGGGCCCUCUCUCAGCCAGUUCACGGUGGGCUCUGGAGAAUGCUCACCUUGGUCUGUGCUCCGCUCGGAGAUGACCCUGAGCCAAAGCCUGCUUUCCAUCAGCUUCGGUGGGCUUUGGAUCAGGCCCAUGUCCUGAACAAAUCCGGCCGUGCCUUGAAGUCACGGGAAUCGGGAUGUGAAUUAGCAGUCCAGGGCUUGCUGGGCUGGGGGUUCUGCUUUGCCACUUCUGGCCGAUUUUUGGGCUCCUGGAGUAUGAGCCAGGUUAUGACAAUGAGAGCCACUCCGCACUGAUUUAGCCACCAGCUGCCAAAAUGCUUGGCAGUUCUGAGACGCGUCUGCAUUUCCAGGUGCUGUAUCCCCAAGACCUGAUUCUGGGUUAUUCCAUUCCUGCAUGUGGAGCUGGGAUGUGGGGGAAUGGGUUCAGGUGGCUUUGCCCUCCUCGUAUUCUGGUGCUGUGCCCAGCCCACAGUGUAAGUUAGAGCAGCCUCAGGGCUGCUCUUCAUUGUCCUCUGCCCCCAUGGCCUCCCGAAUGCAGGGAGUAUCUGUAGUGCACUGCACGCUAGCAAUACCCCCAAUUUCCUCUUCUCUGGGAGCAGGGCUAGUGGAGACCCCUUACCCCAGCUCCACACUGGCCAGGGAGGCCCACUAACAGUUGUACUAGAGGAAUGAAUUUAAACUGACACAGACCCAUUGGUGCAUGCUUUCAAACCGGAAUAAGAGUGUCCACACGCAGGAGUUUGCCCUGGUUAAAGUGAACCGGUUUUAAAGCCGAUUUCAGUUCAACUGGUGCAACUUUCCCGUGUAGACAAGAUCUUCGUUCCUGUGGGACAAACAGCUUAGCAGCAGUGCACUGAGAUCAGAUUCCCUUCUAGAGUGGGUCUGAAGCCACUUAUAGGGCAGAACCCAAAGGCAUCUGGAUUGUACUUGAACUGUGGGCAAAUGGAGCACUGAUUCUUCUCCCCCCCCCGGCUUUAUUUGCCCUGUCUUUGGAUGGAAUUUGCCCCUGUGCGCAAAGCCUGUGUGUAAGCACCCUGAUGCCGCACAAUGCUUUGUCCUCCUGUAAUAGGAAAAGCCCACCCCAAGGCUCAGGUAUCCCAGUCCUGGGUUCAGUUCCCAUACUUGACCAAUGUAGAGUGAUCAAUACCAGGUGCUGCGUGGGAUGGUUUUUUUUCCAUGCAAAAAAUAUCAACAGACACAACAUUUCAGGUUUUAAUUAAAAAAAAUAAUAAUCCUUUUUCAAUAAAACCUCAAAUGUUUGAACAAUUUUUUUCCAUAAACAUUUCCAGUGCAUUGGAAAGCCCUUACCCACGGCAGACGGGGAAUGUCCCGAUGGGCAUAUUUCAGGGCUCUCUUAUGGUUUUAUAUGCAUCACCAAAACACCAUUCAAAACGGAGUGUCUGGGAGUGAAUUGGUGCAUUGCCUUUGAGUCGGCCUUGUCUUCAGAGGUACAUUGCACUGGGAGGCAGUGAGUUUAGUUUGGCCUCUGCUACACCUGGUUGAAAUUUUGGGAACAAGAAAGGUUAUUUUGGGGUUUUGGUUUUUUUUUGAUUGUGGUCAAGAAAUGGCCUUUUUUAAGGGGCAAUUUGAGUGAAAAAGUGUUCAUUUAAAUUUUUCCCCUCGUGUUACAGUGGAAUCUCUAAUUGAUGAACUAAUUUAAGACAAAGGAGCCCAUAAAAUUAAAAAGUUCGUACAAUCGAGCCUCUCCAAGUGACAGUACGUACGUGUAAAUUACAGUAUGGUACAAUGCACCAGGAGCUUCAGGAGGCCUGAAAAAAGCGUGUGUGGGCCGGGGGGUCUAUCACAACCUGAGUGCAGCAGCUUUGGUAAGACAGUGCUGGGUUUUCUGGCUGGGUUUAUGCCCCCUGGCGAUCCUCUCUGCUUCAAGCACUGCCCUUGUUGCUUUCUUCUUGUCCUGCAGGCCACCUGCAAAGUGAUUCCUGGUGCAUUGAAGGUAUCGGAAUGGGAAGGGACUUGGUAUAACUGGUCCCUUGGAGGGCUGGGCUUCAUAAAACUAACAUUAUGCCGCCUUGCUUGUGACUUACUGCAUAGGCUUGUGCACAGGGGUAAUUCACCCCCCUCCGAGACACCUUCCCCCUCUCGCAUCGCAUCCAUCCGGGCAACAAGAGUUUCAAGGUGAAGAGUGGAAAGUGCUUUUUAAAAAAAACAAACAAGAACCUGGCAUUGAUUUUAUUUUAUGCAGAAUAUUUUUCCAUAUUCCUGUAGGAGGAAGCUGUCACCUAGUUGAGAUGCAUUCCUCUUCCCGUGUAGGGCCUUGUGCUUUCUCGCUCCUCUCUCAGUAGUUGCAACUUUUUCUGAGUAUUUAUUUGUUAAUAUUUUAUUAAAAAGGAAACCCUGAACAAGCCCGUCUCCUGCGGGUCUGUGCAGCAUUGGAUCUUGCCUGGAACACAAUGUCCUUCCAACCCAACUCUCUCUAAUAAA